AUGGACAUGUCGCAUGCUGAAAUAGCAAAACAGCUAAAACAUAAUUCAGCAGAGAUAAGAGAGUAUUUUGAGGAUCUAUAUGGAUGGCAAGAUGAUAUUAAAAAAAAAGAAAUCGAAGAUAAUAAAAAGAAGAAAAAUAAGUUAGAAAAUAAUAAUAUAAAAAAAUAUACUGAUAAUUAUAUCUUUGAAAAGAAAAUAGGCGACCACACAGAAGCUGAUGUUGCUCAUAAAACAAAAGAAUUAAAUAAAAAUUGCAAAUAUAAUACAAAAACUUUUAAUCAGAAGGAUGAAAAUUCCUUAAAUAGCCAAGAUGACAUAUUUGUAAAAAAAAAUAUAAUCAAAGAGACAAAUAAAGAUGAAGUGGUUGAGGAUUUAGAACAUAAUACUAAUAAUGAUUCUAUAUAUAAAUUAAAUAAAGAACAAAAUGAUUUCGAGGCAAAUGGAAUAGAGAUAAAUCAGAGAAAACUUUGUGAAAAUUGUGACAAUAAGAAUGAAAAGGGUGGUAUUGAUAAGGAACCAAAUGAAUGCAUAAAUAUGUACCAAAAUGGAGAAGGAAUAAAACUCGAAUUAAACUUAAAAACUGAAAAUAUCGAAAUCACAAAAGCUAGUAAUAAAGCGAUAGAUAUAUAUCUUUGCAAAAAUGAAGACGGUAAAAUAAAUUACAAAAAUGAGAAAUAUAGUAAAUGCUUAGAAAAUUAUAAUGAUAUAAUAAAUUAUAUAGAUUUUGAAUUAAAAAAAAACAAUAUUUUUAUAGAAAUAGAAAAAUAUUAUGAUAACGAAUUACAAAUAGAUGUUAUAUCAAAUAAUUAUUAUUUGAACGAUAAAAAGACAAAAGACUUAUUUAUACUCAGAACUAAAACACUUAUAAAUAGAUCAUUAAUUUAUCAACGAUUGUCAUGUUAUUAUGAAAGUAUAAAAGAUUGUACAUGUAUUAUUAUAUUUUUUAACAAAUUUUUACAUGAACAAAUAAGAAGUAAAAAAUAUUAUAUUCACGAUUUAAUUUCAAUAAAUGUUACCUAUAUUAUGUUUAAAGCAUAUUAUCUAAGAGGAAUAGCUAAAUAUAAACUAAAAAUUUAUAAGCAAGCUCUCAAAGAUUUUAAAUAUUCUAUUGAUUAUGUAAAACACGUUGAUUCUUGCAUGUUGGUAACUAUUAACAAAUAUAUUCAAUUGAUACAAAAUAAGAUAAAGGAAAGUAAUAUUAAAAAAUACGAACGAAUACAAUAUGAAUAUAUAUCUACACCUUUAGAUCAUUUUAAGUUAAAAAAAAAACUAGUUAAUAUUGAAGUUAUAUCAAAGGAUAUUACCAAAGAAGAUAUGAAUAACCAAAUUAAAGACACGGCACAAAAUUAUAAUUUUAGGGAAUUGGAAAAUACAAAUGAAAUAUAUCAUCAAACGAAUAAAACAGAGAUAAGUAAUGUAAGAAGUAUAGAAGAGGGUGAAGCGAAAAAAAAAAAGAACAUUGAUGGUGAAAGUGAAGAAAUUGAAGAAACCCAACCAUCACAAAGUGCGAUAAAGGUAAUUGAAGAGGAGGAUGGAAAUGGAAAAUCGCUGAUCAACAAAUAUUUAAGUAAUCCAAUAGAUCUAAAAAUAUCUCUUAAUGACGAAGUAAUUGAUUCAAAAAAAUGUCAUAACGAAUUUCUAUCAAAUAGUUCUAGUGAGAACAUAUCCAAAAAUUUAAAAAUUAAGAACAAAAUAAAUUUUGAAAUUUUAUGGAAUUCAGAUGAAGUAAAAAAUAGUUUUAAACAUCAAAUUAAUAUUUUAAAAAUGGCAUUUUUAGAAGAAAAUAUAUUUAAUUUUCAUUUAGAUAAGGAUAUAUAUGUAGACAUAUUGGAUUAUAUGCUCAAAAAUUUAUGUGCAAAUUUAUUGGGAGAAAAUGAAGGGGAAAUGAGAGAAACGCGAAUAGAUGACAUAAAAAAUUAUACACAUAAAAAUGAGCAAGCUAACAAAAGAAUGUUCAAAGAUAAAUCUGCGAACGACAAAAAUGGGGGCAUAUCACUUGGAAUAUAUCCAGAGUAUUAUGAAAAUUUAAUAAACAUACUUUAUAUGAUGACAAACAAUGGAAAUGAAAAUUACAUUUUUUUGUUUAUUGAUAAAAAAGAGAAAGAAUUUUUAAAAAAACUUUAUGAUAUUAUUCUCGAAUAUUCAAAUACUUUCAUUAAUAGUGAUAGUUGCAUAAAAGAAAAAAUAUUUAUAUUGAAAAAGUUGCUUUAA